AAAGUGCCAGCUCGUUCGAGCAGCAUCAUCAAACUCUUUCUUUUCGUGUUCACUGCAAGUACAACGCAACGGUAUUAGCGCAAAAAUGUUAAACAUAUACAAAUUGUUCGUGGUGCUCGCUGCGCUGCUCAGCCUUACUGCCGCACGCCCCAGCAUCUUGGCGCCUGUUAUCGUUCCAGCUGCAGUCUCUCAUCAGAGCGUCACCCAGAUACAUGCACAUCAUCCAGUGCUCGUAGCUACGCCUAUUGUGACUGCAAUACAUCCCAUUGUUACACAUCCCAUCAUUCAUCACCCGGAGCACAUUGUUAUUGGUUAGAGUGUUGUUGUUGUUAACAACAAGAACUACCUAUAAUGACAGCCAUGAUAAACCUGCGACUGGACUUUUCUAUAAAGUGAAUACUCAGCACCUGUCACAAUAUUACACCACCGCCUACACAUAUACACAUAUACACACAUACACGCGCAUAGUUGCACUAUCAUCGCUUACAUAUUCAUAAAUCUACGUAUUUAUGUUUGGUAUUUGUAUGAAGAGCCCUGCAAUAUGUUUCUCUUUGACUAAGCGCUCGUUGCGUUGCAGUGCAUUUAAUUUUUAUUUUUAUUUUUUUUUUGUUCUAUGGUUUUUAUUUUACUUUGAUUUUUUGUUUGUUAUCCAAUCUAAUUUAAACAAUUGCAAUAAAAUGCACAGCAAAUAUGAAAUGAAAAUCCAGA